GUAAAAGCAACCAAGAUGUCAGCGUACAUAGACCUCACUUUCUGAAGGUUGGAGAAUUCAAUAAUGUGGAAAUCUGUGUGGAACUACGCUUGAAAUGAAUGUGCUUAGCUUAUCCAUAAGAGAGGUCUCCCAUGCACUGAGGGAAGGCCAGCUCUCCCCCACAGAGCUUUGCCGAAAAUGUCUGAAUCGCAUCAAGAGAACCCGCCACCUUAAUGCCUACAUCACAGUGACCGAAGAAACGGCCAUGAGACAAGCCCAGGAGGCAGAAGCACGCUUACAGAGUGGUACACCCAGAGGUCCACUGGAUGGCAUACCGUUUGCUGUGAAGGACAACUUUUGCACUAAGGACAUCCUCACCACAUGUGCCUCAAAGAUGUUACAAGGCUAUGUUCCUCCAUUCAGUGCCACAGUGGUGCAGAAACUGUUGGAUCAGGGAGCUGUUCUCCUGGGGAAGACCAACCUGGAUGAGUUUGCUAUGGGAGCAGGAAGCACAGAUGGGGCGUUUGGGCCGGUGCAUAACCCCUGGAGUGAUGCCGAGUCCUACAGACAACAUGGUGGGCCGGAGGCCGAGUCGGACUGGGUCAUCACAGGAGGGAGUUCAGGGGGAAGCGCAGCUGCUGUGGCAUCACUUAGCAGUUAUUUUGCUCUUGGCUCAGACACGGGUGGGUCCACACGCAACCCUGGCGCCCUGUGUGGGCUGGUGGCUGUGAAGCCCACCUAUGGCCUGCUGUCCCGCCACGGCCUUAUCCCUCUGGUGAACUCCAUGGACGUUCCUGGAAUCAUGACCCGAUCUGCCCGGGACGCAGCCACUAUCCUGGGUAUCCUCAAAGGGCAGGAUAUGCUGGAUGCGACCACAAUCCCCAGCCCCCCUGGACAAACGGACCUACCAGAGGACUUUGACAUCAGACAAAUCACAGUGGGAAUCCCACAAGAAUACCACGCACCUGGCCUGUCCCGUGAGACGCUGCGUCAGUGGUCCCGCGUCACAGACCUGUUUGAGGAGGCCGGGGUGCAGGUACGGGAGGUCUCACUCCCGCACACCCAGUUCUCCAUCGUCUGCUACCAUGUACUCUGCUGCUGCGAGGUGGCAUCUAACAUGGCGCGCUUCGACGGGCUUGAGUAUGGCCACCGUAGUCCAGAGAGCAGCUCCACUGAGGCCAUGUACGCCGCCACGCGCCACGAGGGCUUCAACGAUGUGGUCCGCCGCAGGAUUCUUGCCGGGAACUACUUCCUGCUCAAACAGAACUAUGAGCGGUACUUUGUGAAGGCCCAGCAGGUACGGCGUCUGAUCGCCGAGGACUUCACCAAGGUGUUCAGCUCCGGCGUGGACGUCCUGCUCACGCCCACCACGCUCAGCGAUGCCGCCACCUACCGGGACUUCAUCUCCGAGGACAACCGCACACGCAGUGCCCAGGAGGACGUGUUCACACAGCCCGCCAACAUGGCUGGUCUCCCAGCCGUCACCGUGCCAACAGCGCUGUCGUCCCGAGGUCUCCCCAUCAGCCUGCAGCUGAUUGGACAGCCACUUCAGGACAGGAAGUUGUUGGCGGUAGCCCACUGGAUGGAGCAGCGAAUGGGCUUCCCUCAGAUCCGUUUCCAUGGAGACUGCGGGGAGGAGGACGGAGCCCCGCUGGCAGAGACAGAGGGCACGGCUGGCCCGUGAGGAGGGGGGAAAGGACUGGACCAUGUGGGCAGUGUGGGCACAGUGUGAGAGCAGAGACCUGAAAUAACCCGAGGCUCACACGUACACUCCCACACACGCGAUAUCACACACAGAUGCAGUGUGAACAUUACUGGUGGCCUGUGCCAGUGCCACACACAUACAUACACACACACACAUACACAUAUACACACACACAC